GCAUUUGAUCAUUUAUUCGCCGCGCGAUCCGCGGGCCGGAGGUCGCUCGUGGAGUGUGUGCGGGGCCGGCGUCUCCCCGUUCCGUGUUUUCGUAUCGUAUCCGCAGCCGGUGUUCUAAGUGAUUAUUAUGAGUGACAGGGACAGGUCGUCGCCUUCCCUCACGGACACGCCGCUGAAGACGUACAUAGGUCGACACGACGACGACUACCCCCUAAUAAACGGAAACGGAUACAAUUACGAUGGUGUUAUGCCCAAGCGAAGAGGGGGACGUUCGCUUGAUGAUUUCCUGAGUAACGGGGCGAGCUUCAAUAAGAAAUACGGCAAGUCGGUCAACGCCAAGGACACCCUAGAAGACAAGAAAGAUGACAACGAGCUGUGGGAGGCGCAAGCUGCCUUCCUCGGGCCCAACCUCUGGGACAAGACCCUGCCCUACGAUCCCGAUCUCAAGGUACAACAAUACGUGGACCUAGACGAGUUCCUGUCGGAGAAUGGCAUGCCCGGUGACGGCCUGGGCGGCGGCCACCUCGGUGGCUCCGCGUUCGGGCCGGGCACGGGCCUCACGCUGGGCUUGCAGGCGCCCGUCACCAAACGCGAGCGCUCGCCCUCGCCCUCUGAUUGCAUGAGCCCGGAUACCAUCAACCCGCCGCUUUCUCCCGCCGAUUCAACAUUCUCUAUGGCGUCAUCUGGUCGUGACUUCGAUCCACGAACGCGUGCAUUCUCCGACGAAGAACUCAAGCCGCAGCCGAUGAUCAAGAAGUCCCGGAAACAGGGUGGUAUGAGUAUGUGGAGCGGCGUGUUAACCCCAUAUCGACGUCGUCGGCAGUUCGUGCCCGAUGACCUGAAAGAUGACAAGUACUGGGCCCGCCGGCGAAAGAACAACAUGGCCGCCAAGCGCUCCCGCGACGCGCGCCGCAUGAAAGAGAACCAGAUCGCCCUGCGCGCCGGUUAUCUCGAGAAGGAGAAUAUGGGGUUACGACAAGAAGUGGAACUGCUGAAGAAGGAGAACCAUAUCCUCCGCGAGAAGCUGUCCAAGUACGCGGACGUGUAGACCCGCGACCCCACCACCCCAUAUUGCACAAACACGCCACACGAUCAGUCGCGGGCGACGCCGCUGCCGGCUACGGGCACAUCAGCAACAUCUGUGUGAAGCUUUUUAAAUAUUUGGUUUAAAUGUAUUUUAUUGACGUAUAACCGUUAGAUGUAUGAGACUUAUGGACUUUAUAACUGUGACUUUGGUGCAUCUCUUACUCCCUUUCCCUUCGGUACCACAUCCAUCAUCACACACAAGUCUAUUCCCAUCCCUCUCUUCUAUAUCUUCCUGUACUUUGUUUUCUUCUCUUUCGGGCCACCUCGCUAAUGACAACCUCAGUGUUUUAUAUUUCUGUUGCAAACUAUAUUAUGCAUGUGAUCGUUGUUCUUUACAUAGUUAAUGUAUAGGAUUCUUGUUAUAAUUAAUAUAUACGUAAUCAUUAGGAGAUUGGAAUCGGUGAUGUGGCUCUGUUUGAUGUUACACCGCUACUAUAAUAGUAAUAAUCGAUAUUGCAGUUACCGUAAGUUUUAUUUAUUAGUGUCAUAAGUGAAUCUUAACCAAAGUUCCGCUUCGAAGUCUGUUCUAUCGUCGUCUCUAAUUCCUUCCUCGGACUCGGUUCGAUACUCUACAGGGUUAGUCAACGACGUACGGACCAACAAAAUUUAUGGGAAAUCGUUGUUUGGAAAGGGUGUUUUAGUGUCCCCGUCCCAGCGCGCGUCGCGCCGCGCCCCGAGCCUCGCGGUCGUCCCGCAGCCGAUGCGCUGUCGGGCCGCCGUAUCGCUCCAGGCGCGGGUCGUCGUUAAGUUAAAGUUGUUGAAUAUUUAUAUUGUACCGGCACCGGUCGCGUGCGGCCGUGGUCGCGCGCUAGUUUGCUCAAGUGGCUCGCGUACGCAUGCGCAAGUGUAGUGGCUGCGUCUGUAUAUAGGUAGUUUUAGUAGGUCCCCACAACGCCCCGGACACCGCGGUUUGCUCGCGAUCAGGCCCUUGCACUGUCAAUAAUAUUGCACCUCGAUACACUGGUGAACUUGACGCGAGGCAAUCGUACACGAGAAUCGCAAUCUCCCCCUUGUCAACCGUAACUCGUAUUAUGUUGCUCCUGACUGCGAAUAAAAUCGAUCACAACCCCUAGACUGUCAGUUAUUUAAAUUUGUGUUUUCUUGCUUACAUUCAUUAUUUAUGUGUACUACGUGUUCUGUCUGUAACAUCGCAAGUUUAGAAAAGACAAGAACAGUUAUUAAAACUUGGUCAAAGUGACAACGUACAGAAGUAUGCUAUCGUAUAAUUUCUGACGAUGAGGUAGAGUUGACAGCCUAGGGUUCGCCGGCCGCGCCUGUACCCCAUCCGUCCCCGCCACGCGACGCCGAGGCCGAUGAGAUCCGCCGCGGCGCGCCGACCGCCCGUCCGGGGCCUAUAUGUCUCCCGCUCUGGCUCGCUUCUUAGGACCGCUCCGUAUGAGAUUAGCCCGCGAGGCGCCCGCAGAUGUCGACCGCCUUUGCGCGUACCGAGCCUCAACGCCUCCGAGGCCGCCGCUCGCUGGGCGCAAGGGCACCGCAUGCCCAGUCCCUUAUCCGCGGGCGCCCCGCCUCGCGACAACCGUCGUUUCCGUAGUGGGCGAACACUAGUUUCGUUUCAAACUUACAUAGUAGGAUAGUUUAAGUAGUACGUAGAUUCCGUAGUGUAGUUGUCAUUAGUCUAUUUUUGUUAUGGCUGUAGUUGUUAACGUUUUUGAAAGUUUAUAUUAUUUUUUUUAGUUGAUAAAAGAGACUCGUGUUUUGGCGUCGUAAAGAGUAGGACCCGCGUAUGUAUUGGUAUGGAUCGGCGCUGCGUACCUCACACCGACCCUCGAGCGGCGCUCCCGUCGCCCAUCUGUUGCGUAUCCGUCGCAUUCUAUCGCGUAUCUAUCGCGUAUCCGCCGCGUUUUCAUAGCGUCUCACGCACUGACUGCAUCAUCUGGACGUUUCCUCUGCACUCUUGACUCGUGCUAAUGUUAUAUAUUUUUGUAGGUUUUUGUCGUUGAUAAAUGAGUCAAUUGAAUGUUUAUUGAAAUAAAAAAAGUUUAUGAACUUAAGACUAAGGUGUUGUUGCAUUUGAAAGUAUUUUAUGAAUACAAAAAGCGAGAACAAUAAAAUGUUUUUUCUACAAAGUUUUACAUGUGAGGGAUACCGCUGUGUAGGUGUGACGGUAGAACUUUUGAAUUGCACUGUUUCAUAUCAAAAUGAUAUUAAAUGUAAUUCGUGUUAAUGUUAAUCGCAGCGCUCAACGGCGCUUUCAUAUUCCAUCAUCUUUGUUCGAAAUCGUAUACAUUGAAUUACGCAUUAUCAUAUAAUUACGUAAUAUAUGAUACCUAUAUAUAUUAUACUUAUUUGUUUCUCCGUAAAAAAUGUAAUAUGGGUAUAUUAUAAGGUAUCGUGAUAAGAAGGAGUUGUAUGUAAGAGCAUCGCGGUAGUAUCGCCUACCCCCACCCCCACCCGCGCCCUCCCCCGCGCCCUUCCGCGCCGCCACCUCCGCCUCCCUUAUUUAUUUCCUUGUCCCUUUCACUGGACGCAAAUUGUCCCUAAACAUCGCAACAACAUAAAACCAUAUUAAUUUUAAAUGUACGAGUAGUAUUUCCUUUGGUAACUUAUAUGGUUCUAUGAAUUGAAAUAAAAGUUGAUUGUUGUA